UUGAGUAUUUAUUUUCAGGCUAUAAGUAUAAAUACAGUGGUUAAGACUAGUGUAGGAGUUAAGCGUUCACAGUUUGUUGGGUAUAAUGGGUGCAAUGAGUGGGUUUUAUUUGAGAACUUGGGACUGACAUGUACUUUUAAAUUUAAGGAAGCUAGUAUUAGUAAUAAAGAUGUGCAAUGUUUAUGUAUAGUUUGUAGGUUGAAGGCUAUCCUAAUUUGAACAGGAUGGAACAGCUGAGAUGGACCAACAGGGCCCAUGUUGUCCCAAACGUUAUGACAUGUUGUUUUUUGUAUUACCAAAUUUCUAUUAUUAAAAUUUUAAACUUUUGAUUGUUCUUUUUGUUUCCAACUCAUCUUCCAAAUCCAAAGAAACUCAAGUCCGCAUUUCAGGUGUUGAUGGCCAAGCCAAAUGCAGUAUUUCCUUAUGUGAAAACUACCAGGUAAACAUAACUAUUAAGAAACACAAAGAGCAACAAAACAAUUUUUUUUCACUAAAUCAUAGAUUGGAGAAGAAAGAACAAGGGCGAACUCAAGUUUUAUGACAGCAAAUAACAGAAAGUUAUAUUCCUAGCACAAAAGUUAAUAAAGCAUUUAAUUAAAGUUUUCCUGCCAAAUCAACUCUAGAAGAAUCUGAAAAAGAAAAGAAAGUUAAAACUCCUCCAUUGGGAUGCUUGAAACUCGAGUACCUUUCAAAGAGUUCAAUAAAGAAGAAAUUGUCAGGAGAAACAGCCUAAAAGUUGUAAGAGUCACUGCAAGCUUUUUACAACUAAGAAGGAGAGAAGAAAGCAUGUAUGCAGAGUCGUAUUACAAGUGGUAUUCUAAUUUACUGGCUGAGAUUGCAUCAGAAAAAGAAUUUAGAAAUCAUCAACACCAACUUCAUAUAUUUGAGGAAAUACAGUGCAGAUUUCAGAAACUUCUAAAACUGUCACUAAACACCAAGAAAGCAUAUCGGCAAGAGCAGAUUUGGGAUGCUCACAUGAUGGCCCAAGAAGCCAUCAAUGCAGGAAUCCGGGAAAGCCCAGAUGUACAAGAGCUGCCACACCCCAAUAACAAAACUACUGGCAAAACAAAGAAGAAGAAGAAAAAGUAACUUCACCUGUGUAAUCAAUAUUGACAUUUCAGUCUACUUCAAAUUAACAAAAAGCAGCACUAGUUGAAGUUUAUAUAUAUAAAGUCACUGUUUUCUUUAGAUCAACUAGAUAAAGGACUCCCACUACAAGGUGUCUUCUCAGAGUCAAAAUCGAAUAAACAUUAUAACAUAAGGAACUUUUUCAUACAGAAAGUAUUGGGUUUAUUCAUUACUUUCCUGUGUUCUUUUAUAGUUUGACAUGCAGUGGUAUUGGGAUUAUUGGGUUUAUGUUUUAAAGUGCUUUUGGACUAUUAGAUUGACAUGCAUGUUUUAUGUACAUACACAAAAAAUAUAUAUUUUAAAAAGCACAGAAGAUGCAAGUUGUGUAAGUUAGAAAAAACACUAGAUAUAAUGGUAAUAAAUUGUAGGAAACCUUUAAUUUGACACAACAUUUUGAGCCUAAACCUUUCUGCAGAUGAUGUCUGUUAAAGUCAUAUAUACUGACACAUUCGAAUAUUAUUAAAAAAUGUAACAAUAGGAGAACAUGAGAAGUAUUUACAACAAUACUGUUGAACCCAUUGUUGUAAAGAAAUAAUGUAAGUGAAAGAGAAGUAGAAGGAAAAGGUGUAAAGAAAUAUAAACCUGAUAUGUGUUGUGUAAUAGUGGGAAAAAAGAACUUGGUUUUGGUCCAACUAAAAAUAAAGCUGAUGAAUUUAUAUCAAUUGAAAACGUUGAACAAUUCUUCAGAAGGAUUUGCCUGCAGGUUCAUUUCAACAAGUCAGCACCUGAUAUACUCCCUGGUGGUCAAAUCUAUUCAGAUACAAAGGUUUGCACCCAGUCUGAUUCUCCAACAACUUCUGCAUUUGAUAACAGCAGAGACAUAUCCUUCAUGUUGACCCAACUUAAUAAGAAACCAAGCAAAUGGAUGCCAUCAUUGGGAAAAUGUUCUGUAGUAGAUUAUUUCAUUUCCAGUUGUUGCAAACAAGUAUAUAAUAUUGACUACUUCAUUUUAUCACCAUCAGACAACCUAUCUAAGGAGGAACAUCAAGUCAUCUCUAACUUAAAAUCAAGAUGUGACUUUGUAAUAAAACCUACUGAUAAAGGAGGCACUACUGUAGUCUAGAACUCUGAACCCUACAUAACUGAAGCUUAUCCAACACCUCUUCUUACCAACCUGUUACUAGUCAUGAUCCUCUUCGUAGUAUACAAAUCCAAUGAACUGACACCAUAAACAGAGUAAUCAAUUAAACAAGUUUUCCAGCUGAUGGACAUAAUCUUAUUCAAUCAUGUCCUAGGAUGUCCAUUUUUUACCUAAUACCAAAAAUCCAUAAACCUGAGACUCCAGGAAGACACAUAAUUUCUGCUUGCAACUCUCCACAGAACUGAUCUCUAAUUGUUUUGAUAAAAUUAUUUUUCCCAUCUUGCAAAACUUUCCUUCCCAUGCUAGAGACACAACACAUACUUUUCAGUCAAUUAACAAUUUUAAUAUCCAUACAAACUAUUCUGUCAUAAUCUUCACAGGUGACAUAACAUCUCUUAUUCCUCACACUGAGAGUUUACAGGCCCUAAAGUUCUUCCUUGACAGAUGAGAUACACUUGUACGUUCUACUGAUACCAUUUUACAGCUUACUGAACUUGUACUAAGUCUGAAUAUAUUUAUGUUUAAUGACUUUGUUUAUAAACAAUUAUGUUGUGUUACUAUGGAAACCAGGAUGGGACCUUCAUAAGCAAACCUGGUAAUUGGCUAUAUGGAAACUCAGUUUUUUUCCCCCACUUUAAAUGAAAAAUUCCGAAUUUGUAUGCCAGGUAUGUUAAUGACAUUAUUGGCUUAUUAAUUGGCAAUAGCACUGAACAUAACUUUAUUCAUUCUCUUUCAGCCUUUAAUCCUUCUUUAAGCUUUACCUGGCACAUUUCUUCCUGCUGUCUUGUCAUUUCUGGACAUAUAAGUUAUCAUUGAUAACAACAAAGUGUCCACUACUGUUAAUUAUAAACACAUGGAUUCUCAUUCUCACUUAUAAUUGGAUUUGUUUCAUCCCUCCCACCACUUUACGUUCAAAUCCUUACUCACAGUUCGUGUGUUUACAUCACAUAUGUAGUGAUGAUGAUUUCAUCUCCAAGUCUGAAGAAAUGAAUGACUUCUUUUCCUCUCAAGGCUAUCCUAAAAAAAUCUUAUGAAAAGCUUUCUUUAAAGCUAAUUAUAAACCUUCUAAGAAUACUCUUGAGGCAUUGUCGCAAAGACGAUACAUAACAAGCUUACUUUAACCAUUUUUUAUCACUCAUUUGUGUCCCUUCAAAUCACCAAAACUAUCAAGGACAACUUUCACAUACUUCAAACUAAUACUGACACUAAGUGUAUUUUCAAUGAACAUACUGUUAAUUACUUUUAGAUGCAAUCAAUCCUUUUGGAACACCCCUAUUCCUGCUAACUUUACUCAACCUGAUACUCUUUCUGGUUCUUUCACCUGCAACCAACCAUAUUGUAUAAUGUUUCAACACAUUGUUAAUCGAAUUUCAGUGACAUUUACCAAAAAAUCGUUUUUACAUUACAAAUACUUUAAUAUACUGCAUUGUUUGUGACCUUGCUGUAUGUUGGUGAGACUAGUCACAAAUGACACGUAUUAAAUCGCAACCUUGACUUAUCAAUUUCAAGACACUUUUCAGAUAACAAACACGACUUGUCACAUCUCAGAUUUAUUAUUCUAAGAUCUACACCAACAAACUAUUAUUUAUGUGAAUAACACCUUAUUUAUACUCUUCGUAUGAUUUUUCCACUUGGUUUAAAUGAGAAAUUUUUUUUUGUAACUUUACUUUUGAUAUCUUCCGACUUUUCCUACUAUUACCCCCUCACAUAUCAGCUUUAUAUUUCUUUACGUAUUUUCCUUCUGCUUCUUUUUCACUUACAACAACUGAUUCACGGAUAUUGUUACAUCACACUUCUAACCAUGCUUUGCACUUUCUCGUAUUGUUACAUUUUAUAGUAAUAUUCAAAUGUAUUCUGUAUAUACUACUUUAGCAGACAUCACCUGAAGAAGGGCUUAGGCUCAAAAUGUUUGGCAAAUUAAAGUUUUCCUAGGUUUUAUUACCAUUCUAUAUAGUGUUUUGUUUCUUUAUUAUACAUGUUUUACAGUACCAUUGGGACUGUUUGAGAUUAAAAUCCAUGUUUUAGAGUGCUAGUAGGGCUGCAUGAUUGACAUCCACACAUUAGAGUGCCUUUAGGAAUGUUUAAGCUUCUUAAGAUUUUCAAACUCUAGACCAUCCAGUUUAUUAACUACUUAUUUAAUGUUAUAUUUUCAUGUGUCAGAGUUUUGUAUCAGCACCUAAUGGAGAUAAAAUUUUACUCUUUUA